AUUCACUUGUAUCGGGAUAUAUCCCUAUUUCCGGUAGCCAUCUUACUUUAAUUGCGUCGGGUGACUUGAGACUAGUGCGCUCGUUUUUUUUUAAAUAUUAACGUAACAUUUAAUAGACAUAAUUUCUUGGAAGUGAUAUAAAUCAGUGAUCAUGGUGCCGCAAACGAAGGUGUUCGUCGGCAGCCUGCCGCAGGGCUCCAAACCGGAGGACCUAAGAAAGCUGUUUGAGCGUUUCGGCGUCGUCACAGAGUGUGAUAUAAUGAACCGGUGCGGGUUCGUGCAUAUGCAGACAGAGGAACAAGCGGCAGCGGCGAUUCGCGCGCUUCAUAACUCUACAUUUAACGGCGGCGUUAUAUCCGUGGAGCGCGGUCGCAUCAAAGAACGCGGGCAGCGUGGGGGCGGUCGCGGUGGACGAGGUUCCAUGCGCGGUGGCAUGGAGCGUCGCGGAGGCGGCCCCGUGCGACACGCGCCCCCGCCUCGGGACGCACCAUACAUGAGGGACCGGCCAGGUCCGGUGCGCGGCUACGAACGCGGUCCGCCGGCGGCGCCCUAUGACGAGCGCUAUGCGUACGGCGAGGACCGGCGUGGGUUCGCGCUGAUGGAUCGCGGCCCUAGGGACGCUUAUGCACCGCCGGCGCCUGCUUACCCUGACGAACGCUACCAGAAUCACAUCUCAGUGGUGGAGGGUACGCGACGUUACGAUGAGCCUCCCUAUGACGACCGCCACUACGACGAGCGCGCACAGUAUGAACGCCCGAGACCUGCUCACCACAUACCUAACGGGGACAUGUACAGCCGAAGAUCACCUGCCCCCAUGUAUUCCGGGCGUGGAGGUCCAGCUCCAGUGGCCGGAGGUUACGAGAGAGAUCACUAUGUACCACAAUACAUGCAACCUCCAUUGGGACGGAUCUGGUGAACAAUAUAUAACUAAAAGAAACUGAUGAAAAAGACCUUUUGACGAUACUACUAGAAAACAACUACUAACUGCAAGAAAAAUAUAACGAAGGGAUAUAUAAUAAAUCGGAAUUAAUCGAUGUGUGUUUACCUUAAAAGAAAGUUUAGUACACUGCUUAAUUUCUAAAUAAAAUGGUCAUUUUUUUUAAUAUUGUACGGAACCGUUGGACGCCUCUCUGAGUAUAGUGGAAAUAAUGUGUUAGACAUGUCGAUAUAACUGAUGCGUGCGUCGAUGAAGCGAUGAGCGACAAGGGAGGGCGCUGGUCCACUAUAAGCCGAGCGGGUGUCGGUUGUGUCGGGGCUGAUGGCUCACGGUGUGUGUUGUGUGUAGCGGGGGCGGAGCGCCACGGGGCCGCGACAUGUCCGGGGGCGUCGGCCCGCGCCGGUACUAGCCGCCACUGACCACGAACUUCAGGACCACACGUCUAUAGUCUAUAAGUUAAUUAGAAUUAUGUCAAUCGUUUUUUAAUUAAAUAAAUGAGAACAAUCAAGACGAAUCGCCUUCAUUUUGUAACAAACCUUAUGUUUUUGACGUAAGACGCAGAUUAGGUUAAAUCAAUUAUAUGAUGUUGACGUUCUUCCCUAGAAAAAAUGUAAAAAUAUACUUGUUUCAAAAUGUAAUUGUCUAUCUGUGGAAUUAAAAUCGUUAAUGAAU